GGAGCCCGGAGAGGCUGACAGGGGAACCGGGAGCGGCAGCCGGCCACUGAGAGCCCCGAGCUUUGAGUCCGUGGAAGGGGCGCGAUUAAACAGUCGCGGCAGCGGAAGCGGAGCCUGGGAGCAAGGGGGUGGGGUGGGGGGAGUCCGGGAGCUCAGUGUAAGCCCGCGGACCGGGAGCCCGGGGCUCGCUGUGAUGCGCUCCCGGUGACCCGGCCCGAAGCCCCGCCAUGUCCAAGUCGUUGCGCCGGAGGCGGCACUGGCUGAGCCGGGCUCAGGAGGUGGCCGUGCCCGGGGAGGCGCUGCAGCUGGGCGGCGGGGCGGAGUUUGGACAAUUCCCGGUGUUGGCCUCCGCUCCCAGCGGCCUCGAGCUCGGCCCGAGUACCGGCGACAUCCUGCUGGAGGUGAACGGCACCCCGGUCAGCGGGCUCACCCGCCGCGAUGUACGGGCCGUCAUCAGGCACUUCCCGCAGCCCGUCCGGGUCCGCACCGUGCGGCCAGGCAGGAUAAUAAACAAGGAGCUUCGCCACUACCUCAGCCUCCAGUUCCAGAAAGGGUCAGUGGACCACCAACUUCAGCAGGUCAUCCGGGAUAAUUUGUACCUGAGAACCAUCCCAUGCACUACAAGACCACCCCGGGACGGUGAAGUCCCAGGAGUUGAUUAUAACUUCAUUUCUUUGGAAGAGUUUAAAGCUCUAGAAGACAGCGGAGCUCUUUUGGAGAGUGGAACUUUUGAUGGUAAUUUUUAUGGGACGCCAAAGCCUCCUGCAGAGCCUGGUCCCUUUCAGCAAGAUGUAGUGGACCAGGUUGUUCUGGAUGACUCUUCGGAUGAGGCACAAAGAAAACGAACUACAUCUGUAAGCAUGAUGCAACGAGCUGACACCCUGGUCCCAGAUGAAGAUGAAGAAGACGAGCGACCCACUGCUAAUGGGACUGGUUAUCCAGGGACAGGGCCCAGCCACACUGAUGGGGUCGCAGAAUUCAGGUACUUGGAUCCUGUUGCCAGGGAGGAGUUGAUGGAGCCACUGCCGAGCAAUUGGGAGAUGGCCUACACUGACAGCGGAAUGAUCUACUUCAUCGAUCACAACACUAAGACUACCACAUGGCUGGAUCCUCGGCUUGCUAAGAAAGCAAAACCCCCAGAGGAGUGCAAUGAAGGGGGCACUGACUCCUUGCUGGGGCAUGGUUCCAUGGGCACCACCAGUUGCCCUCCAGUAUCUCGCCCAAGUGGCCAUUCUGCAUCUGUGGGCCUAUACGAGCUUCCAUACGGCUGGGAAAAGAUCAGUGAUCCAGUUUACGGCUUCUACUACAUUGACCAUGUAAACCAGAGAACCCAGUUUGAGAAUCCAGUCAUUGAAGCAAAGCGGAAAAAGCAGCUGAUGCAUCAUCGGGACAGUCAGCGAGCGAUGCAUGGGGAUCAGCGGCCAGAGAGACCAAUGUUUACGCGGGAUCCCUCGCACCUUCAGGGAAUGCUCAUUAGGACGACUCUUCAGAAGAGUGCUAUGGGAUUUGGUUUCACAAUCAUUGGUGGAGACAGCCCAGAUGAAUUCUUGCAGGUGAAAAAUGUGAUUCAAGAUGGACCAGCUGCUCAGGAUGGCAACAUGAUGGCAGGUGACGUAAUAGUGUAUAUAAACAGUACUUGUGUCCUUGGGCAGACUCACGCCGAUGUUGUGCAGCUUUUCCAGUCUGUUCCCAUCAACCAGACAGUGAAGCUGAUUCUGUGUCGCGGCUACCCUCUCCCCGUGGACACGCAGGUGCCAACCAUCGAUGUAGUGAGUGCCACUCCCGCCCUUGAUGGGCUGCCUCUAGCUGCAAAACAGGGAAGUGCCCCCCAGAGCCACCAGACCUCAGCCGGGCUCCCGGACCACAGUGGGAGGGAGGCCCCAGCAGGUGGUGUCGAGCGCUUAAACGGACCUUACCUGGGCCUGACUGAAGACCGAUCGUCCAUGACCUCAUCGGCAGGUUCGCAGCCUGAGACUCUCACCAUCCCACUGCUCAAGGGGCCGAAAGGUUUUGGUUUUGCCAUAGCGGACAGCCCAGCCGGGCAGAAAGUGAAGAUGAUCCUGGACAGCCAGUGGUGCAAAGGUCUACAGAAAGGUGAUGUCAUCAAGGAGGUUAACCAUCAGAGCAUGCAGCAGCUGAGCCAUGCCCAGGUGGUGGAGAUCCUGAAGGACUGGCCUGUGGGGAGUGAAAUAUCACUGCUGGUCCAACGAGGAGGGCCUUCAUCACCAACUAAAAUUCCUAACACUACAUCAGAGCAUGAAGAAAAUCAAGCAACUUCCCAAAAUGCCUCCCCAGGCCUCCCUAUACCCCAGCCCAUGCCUUUCCCUCCCAAUGCUGUGAGGCCCUCCUCUCCCAAACGUGAUCCCACUGAGGUGUACAUACAAUCAAAGUCGAUGUUCGACAACAGGCCUCCAAAUACCAAAGACAUCGACAUCUUUCUGCGUAAGAUGGAGAGUGGGUUUGGAUUCAGAGUACUUGGUGGUGAUGGACCAGACACCCCUGUUCUGAUUGGGGCUGUAAUCCCACUGGGAUCAGCUGAGCGAGAUGGGCGUCUUCGUGUGGCUGAUGAGCUGCUGUGCGUUGAUGGAGUCUCAGUCAAAGGGAAGUCUCAUCGCUUUGUGUUAGAACUGAUGCAGAAUGCUACACGGAAUGGCCAGGUGUUGCUGACAGUCAGGAGGAACAUCCUGCCUACUGAAGAUCAACAUGAUGAUGGUCGGGAUGCAAAUUUGGACCCUGCAGAGAAUGGCUCUCCACGGAUGAAUCAUGCAGACCAUACUCACAGAACUCCCCAGGGCCCCAACACAGCUGAGUUUGCACAGUCCUAUGAUAUUGUCCUGCAGCGUAAAGAGACUGAAGGGUUUGGCUUUGUCAUUAUCACCUCAAAGAACAGAUCCUCUGUUAUUGUGCCACACAAAAUUGGUCGCAUUAUCGAGGGAAGCCCAGCUGAUCGCUGUGGGAAGUUGAAAGUGACAGACCGUAUCUCAGCGGUCAAUGGCCAAUCUAUCGUACAGAUGCCCCAUCACGACAUCGUCCAGCUAAUCAAGGAUGCAGGCCAGACGGUCACUCUUACUGUCAUUCCUGAAGAAGAUGUUACUGGCCCUCCUUCAGGAGGCAGCUCAGCCAGACAGAGUCCAGCCUUGCAACAUAAACCCAUGGGACAAACUCCAACACUACACGUCCCAGCACAGGACAGCAGCAAGACAGAUGCAGAUGAAAGGGGCAAUGGGCAGUCGUGUGACUUUGUGAAACCACCUUCCAACUACAGGCAGCCAGCACCUGAUCAAUACCUCCAAUCAGCUGCUGACAGAGAGACACGGACUUCAGGCAGCAGACCUCAGAACUCUGAUUGCUUUGCUGUUGAAUUGGAGAGAGGGCCCCGAGGGUUUGGUUUCAGCGUUCGUGGUGGUAAGGAGUACAACAUGGGGCUCUUCAUUCUGCGGUUGGCUGAAGGAGGUGCAGCAUUGCUGGAUGGCAGGAUCCAAGUUGGUGAUCAGAUUGUUGAAAUUAAUGGCGAGUCCACACAAGGGAUUACACACAAGAGAGCCAUCGAGCUGAUUCAGGCUGGAGGCAGGAAAGCACAUCUUGUCUUGAAGCCAGGCAUAGGUCAGGUGCCUGACUUUGACGAUCUGGAUACCCAGGACACUCCAUAUUCCAGCCUCCAGGAACUACCCACAGCUCCUGAAGACCCGCCAUCACCAUCCUUUCCAAAUUCUGCCCCAAACCUUACUGAUCCUGAAAAGACCGCAUCAAAAGAGAAGCUACAGGGAGAACAAGAGACUGGAACCAAAGUUGUUGGCAUAUGGGAGGAAGGGGAGGAAGGUCAUGCCGAGUUUGCAAAGGAAAAGGUGGAGCCCAGGGAGACUACAAGCAGCCCGAAGACAGCACAGCUGACCGGUGGCAGAGAGAAUGAAGCCACAGGCCCACGCAAAGUCCUGGGCUCCAGGGAGCAUCUGCCGGACAGCCCCAGGAAGGCUGAGAAGGAAGAAGGAAAGCAGCGGCUGGUAGUGGGAAGGAGAGGGCGAUCGCACAGCCCAAGGGGAAGAACGGGAGAGGAGCCACGAGGCGGACGCCAGGGCAGGGUGGCGGAGGGGCAAACUGGCAGCCUGGAGAGCUGGAAGGCGGAAGUGGGGACUGAGCAGAGACUGUCAGCAAAAGGCAAUGGGCAGGGAGUGGGGCAGGGCCAACCCAGGAACAGCGGCUCAACAUUGAACCCCAGCCCAGGGACAAAAACAGCACCAACCACAAGAAAGAUGCUGAUAACACCCGGGCCCUGGAAAAAGCCAGAUGCUCAGAGGCCCUUGUAACAGAAAGCAAACAAAUUAUAUAUGUUAAAUUAUUUUUUUAUAAACUUUGAUUUCUGUUAAACACCUGUUGCAUCUUAUUUAAAAGUUCUGUAGGAACUGCGGAAAACCAAACUUUUCCCAAGUGAAGGAUUGACUCCGGUACUCAACUGUUGGACACUUGACUGGCUGCGAAGUAAAAUCGAUUGGGAUUUUUCCCUGUUUUACAAGUUGACUCUGAGGUGUGCACUUGUGAUUUACUUUCCGUAUCCCCACAAGUUAGCAGUUGCCCCAUCUGACUGCAGUGGUAGAACGUCCUAAGAUUUACCUGUCACAGAUAGCUCUGACUUUGGGAUGUGACUGUUGCUUUGUCGGUAAGCAAUUUCAGGUGGCAGUGGGUGAGACUCACAUGGUUUCUACCUGUAACAUCAUGAGUAGAAUCUCACCACUGCUUUGCAGAUCUGAAAUCAGUAGCUUAAUAACAAAGACCUUAAACGUUAACCCGUGCAGUGCUUUAAUCCUUGUUUUCUUUAAUACACUGUGAAAUUCUUUUCAUCACCUUGAGCUAAAAUAACUUGCAGUAUUCUGACCACCAUUGAACAGUGAUCUCUCAGCUGCUGGUUUCAGUAUCUGUGGGCUCCUCUCAAUCUGUCAUUGAAAAGGAUCUGGGAAAUUAUGUGCUCCCCUAGAUUGCUCAAAACCAUGCAACGAGAAUCUGCAUGGAACACAUUCCAUGUAGAUUAGAGAUUAUUUUGUUCGUGGUGUAAACCCACUAGUUUAUUAGCACCUUCAGUACUUCCGUCUAAAGAAGAUGCAGAGUAACCAGCAUCUCCCAAUGUUUCAUUCUGCCCCAAUGUUAGAGGAUGGGUGUGCACAUCUGCUUCUCCCUGUUUUACCCACGUUCUGUGUCCAUGGAGAUUGGUGCUGUAGCAAGCAAUUGCUUCCAAUCUGUAACAGUUAUUCUGCUAGUCAUGGUGGUGAUAGGAUAGCCUUUCUAUGGAAUGGCCUCUCCAGUGCCCAUACUCUUUCUCUCUUCUGUUCCCCUCCAUCCUCUAGACAAACACUAAGGUGCAUUCUCUGACUUAGUCCUGUUGGUAUCUCUGCUACAUAACUUGCAUUGCCCUGCAGGGAGAUGUGUUGCCAGGAAGUAUUUCUGUUACCCUCCAUAGCACUGUAUGUCCUUUUUUUACCCUUCCAGCUAAGAAACAGUAGGAAAUAAAGACCCUGGACUGUGACUGUGGUGCAGGCAGUGUCUUGUGACCACUUUACUGUUAUAUUUCAUAUGCGAUAAUGUGUAAAAGUUGAAUUUAGGAAAUCAUGCAGAAAUGUUUUGAUAUUCCUCAGCUCAUUCAUUGAUCAGCUCGAGCUUUCACUCCACAGUGUUGUCUGAAUUUCCUUGUUGGUAGUCUAGCUAUACUCAUUGUUUCACCCCAUCAGUAACAAAACAUCUUGCAGACUGUACAGUACUCAAGGCAUGGGUGUGGCCUUUGAGUAAAGCUGAACAAGCCUUGAGUUGUUGGUUGUAAAUUUUUAUACUGUACAGUCUCUAUAAAUACUGUCAUUAGGGAGAGAUGUGUAAACCCUCAUUAUUUUUUUAUGUAUGACAUGAAAAAUGCAAUCCUUGGUCAUGGUGUUGAACUGUAAAAUAAAUCUUAACUUUCAGUCUA